AUGACCACGGCGACAGUGACAUACCAUGAACUACCACCACUUACAAGUUGGGCAUCCGACUCACAGCAGCAGCAACAACAACAACAACAGCAACAACAACAACAGCAGCAGCAACAGCAACUUUCUCACAAUUCGCCUGCUGCAGUUGUGUCGUCGGCACCAACUUCUUCAGUAGUACCACAGCUCGGGACCGAACAGUCGCAGCAGCCAUCUCAACUCCUCUCUGGUACUAGCAACAGCAACCAUCGACAUCAACAGCAGCAAGCAGCAGCUGUUGCGCCUCAUCAACUGCUUUGUACACAGGCAUUAACUCAUUAUCGUACCGGUUAG